AUGAAAUUUAGUACUGAGCAGGAGAGACAAACGUUUAAUCGUAUUGUUAAAGCUCUACCGCUCAUAAUCCACGAUAAGUGUGACGGUUACGAUGAACUAUACGGGUAUAAAUUAAUCCCAGGCGAUGAGGAGGACGGUGACAAGACAUAUUACAAUGAGGAGGUAGCACACGGUUUAAUUUAUAAACUUUGUAAAGCUUAUCAAUUUCAGUAUGACGAAAUUGUGCAGCAUGUGAUUUCUAUUUUGAAAUGGAGACGUGAGUUUAACCCGUUGAGUUGUGCGUUCAUGGAAGUGCAUGAUCCAGAAUUGCAACAUGUCGGUAUAUUGACGCAGUACCCUAAGCAUGACGCUAAUAAGAAAGUCGUUACCUGGAAUCUCUAUGGACAAUUGAUGAAGAAGAAACAUUUGUUCCAAGACGUGCAGAAGUUUUUGCGAUAUAGGAUUGGACUCAUGGAGAGAGGGUUAAGGUUAUUAGAUUUCACAAGUGAAGAUAACGACUAUAUGACCCAAGUGCAUGAUUACAAAGGUGUUUCAAUGUGGAAGAUGGACUCAGAGAUCAAGAAGUGCAGCAAGAUGACGAUCUCCAUUUUCCAGAACUACUACCCUGAACUGUUGUAUGCGAAGUAUUUCGUCAAUGUGCCGAAAGUGCUAAGCUGGGUGUACGAUGUGGUGAUGACAUUCGUGGAUGCUCGCACCAGAAAGAAAUUUGUAGUGUUAAACGAGGGCAAGAAGCUGGGGGACCACCUACCUGAUUGUCCCUCCCAGAGUUAUGGAGGCCAUGAUAAGACCCACGAUCUGCUAGCCCAAAACAUCGAGUUGGUCAAACCUACUGAGUAUGGUCUCUUCAUAUUAGAAAAGCGGAACGACGAGACGGUCGAGUGA